AAAAAAAAAAAAAGAGGGAGGGGAGGAAAAGAUUUUGAUCACAUGUGCACGAAGUCACUCUAAAAGUAUGCUGGUGGGGUAUUGCCCACAGAAAUAUAACAGCCCUUCACUGUGAGCGUUCGCGUCCAUGCAGCAAGCAUCAUUUUCCGAGCUUUGAGUCGAUACACGGCGUCUGGCUGGUGGAUACAAAACAGGACACGAGAGUGGGUGACGACAGCGAAAUGUCUAAUCAAAGUGUGGACUUGUUCAUCACUGAGAGGAGCACCUCACCUCCAUUUUCCAACAGUUCUACCAUCACAGACAGCAGCUUCACCAACACGGACACCUCCACUACCUCCUCCACCAUCUCCUCUGUGUUAGACGAAAUUGCAGCCAGCGACAUAACCUCCAGAGCAAACUAUGUCUACAGUUUCUUUGCAGGUCUGGGCUUCGUGGCCGGCUGCUUCCUGCUCUACAGCUUCAUCCAGACCUACAGAGCCCACAAACGGCUGGCUUGGCUCGAUGGUCUGCUCUGGGUUUUUUGUGGCUUGCAGCUGCUGCUCCUGCUCCUCUCUCUCCAUGCUGUGGCCUAUAGACCUCACUACCUGAAGACCACGGCUCUGGGCUGUGCUGUUCUCUCCUUCUUCAUUAAUACAGCCUCUCUGUGCGGCCUGUUGGUAUUAGUGCUCAUGGCUUAUGUGCUAACCCUUGAUCCGCCAUCCCACGCCCUGCUGAGGAAGCCUGGGGUCUGUGCAGGUCUGGUAAGCGUGACUUCUGUCCUGAUCGCUCUGCUGCUGGCUGGGAUUCGUGGACCCAGGGAGGGUCUGCAGGAAACGUGCAACUGUUACAUGGAUCCAACCAAAGCUGGUGUUUCGUAUGCAGUGGCUAAGCUAUGCCUGGCUUUUAUGAUUCCCUACGUCCUCCAAUUAGUACUUCUGAUUGGUGGCUGUGUCCGGCAGUGGAAAUCCAAAGGACGUUUCCUCUCCGGCUCUGAGGAGGGUCCCAUGUUCCUGACUGUCACCGUAGUCAUGUUUGUGUGCCUGCUGUUCUACAGUGUGGCGCUGGUGAGAGGGGCACAAAUACAGAGGGAGGUGGGGCUGAGCAAUCAUGAGCAAGCGUUUCUGAGCGUGGCAGAGUUUGUACUGUUCUCUGGGAGCAGUGCCAGCCUGCUGCUGGUGCUGGUCAUGCACAGGCCGUGUCGAGAAAGUCUCCACGGAGUGUUGAGGCAGCUGAGGGACUGCUGUCGAAGCCCAGGGCACACGCAGCCCAACAGAAACAUCAUUGCUCCACACAUCGAGAUCACAGACACCCUGCAGGACAUAGAGUCAUAGAGGACAAAAGGUCUCCAGUUUGAGGACAGAACUCUACUGAUGCAUCACAUCGAAGACUUCUGAGAUCUGAUGUAUUAGACAUUUUCUUAAUCUAAGCUUUAACAUGCAUGUUUUUCUCUUAAUUGACUAUGUAAAUGUUUUUAUAUACAUGCACUCAUGUUAAGUGUCUUCAGUGGCUGAAAGUUUGUAAAGCUAUUUUUCAAUUUUCAUUUUCUUGUUUUGUACAUUUGUAUUUUACAAAAAAUAAAUGUUUUGCUAAACAUCCUCAGAAUUGCACACCAUAUUUGCACAGUUCUUACUAUUGACAUUAGAACAAUGUUUACAUAGUUGUUAGUAAUCAAAAACUAUGAUUAAGACAAUUGACCACAACAACAACAAUUAACCUCUUCUUAAAAAACAGACUCCAUUUGCAUCAACAUGAUGUGCACAAAAGCCCAUUUAGUCAAAAUGGGAAAACCUCUGCAAUUCCCAGAAUACCACAUAGGAAACACGCAGUCUUGGAAAAUGAAAGUCAGAUGCUGAGUUUUGGCCAGGGGUGUCAAUACUCUUCAUGUAAUUAAAAAAAAAAAAUCUGUUUAAGAGCAAACAAAACAGACAAGCCGUACUCUAUGAACUUUCCAGCUCUUUUCAAGGAAUUGAUGGGCACCAGUUCUGGGAAUAACUGACCUGCAUGGAUCAUAUGUUGCAUCAGUGCCAGCAAAGAGUGGCACAAAACCAGGGACCAGUAGGAAAAUUUAUACAUGAGCGAGGUUGCAUAAGUUGACGUCAUGUGAAAUGUCAGACCUAAUUCACACUGAGGAAAAUCACAGUAGGAAUACUUCAAAUAUAUAUUACUCCUUAUAAGAAAAUCACAAAAUCCUUAAAUCCAAAAUGCAAUGCCUCACAACACUGAUAUGGGAAAUGAUCUACAGUCUCAAACAGGUGCCUGUCAGCUACAAAAACUGUCUUUUUGCAUUUUAAGGAGCCCGAGGCAAGAGCCAAUGAUGUAAAACUAUCCCUCCCUGCCCUUCAUCUUGUUUUGUGUAAAUAUGCCAUUAGUCCCUCUUUGCUAAAAGUCCCCUGAAGCCCAUAUUUAUAUAUUUUAACAUUAUACGAUCACAGUCGCGUUCACACUUCAUGGUGAGUGUUGACCAAGUUAGAUGACCCAAUUAUUUAUGCAAUAAAAUACAUCCAUAUAAGAACACAUAGGGGAUGCUGAACAUGACUAGUUAAAGUUUUGUUAAAGAACUAAAGUGAAGCUGUUAUGAAAAAAAUUAUUUUCAUGUUGGAUUAACAAGAUACGGCUUGUGUGCGCGUGUGUGUCUGUAUUGUGUGUUUGUGUUUCUUGCUGUAAGUGGUGGGUGGCACCACAACACUGCUCUGGAUUUACUUUGACAUCAGCUUUCAUGGUCACCACCGAAGGACAGUGAGACUGCGUGCCGUGCAAGGAAACAUAGGUGAGUUUAAGCUUCUUUAUAUUAAUGUCCAAAGUGUGCAUCACAAAUUAGUUUAUGCCGAAUCUAACUGACUCAUAGUGUCUUAUAGUUUUUAAAUUAAAAGCAUUGUUUCUGUCACGUGUAGCAUAGAUUUGACCAACAUUAUUUUAAGGCAAAUGUAGUGAAACAGCUAUUACAAUUUCAAGCAGUUCUUAGGCAUGUUUAGCUCUGUAUUAGAUUGUAAACAGUAAAGAGAUGUCAGGAAACAAGAGACAGAAGAAAAAAAUCGGGUACACUGCAGUUUAAGGUCAGCACUUUAAACCUGCAGAUGACCAUGGCAUACCAGUAUUAAAAUUUUAUAUCCUCAUAAUGAAUUAAAAUGAUCCUAAAAACAAUGCUACACAGCUCAAAAUGGAUGUCUUCACUUUACAACAUUUUGAAAUCAUUUUCAAAACUGCAGCAAACCAGC